AUGGCUGUGAACAUGAUGCCAGCUCCCGCCAUUUGGCCCGGGGAGGAACAACCAUCACUGCUGGAUCAGGAGGGUUCUCUGUCAAGCCAAGCCCCCCUCACUGUGCCAUGCCCCGAAGUCAGAGGUGAACAGCUCAUCCACAGCAGCAGCCCGGCCAACACAAGGCCCCCCCGCAGCAAAUCCAAAGGGGAGCUAGUCAUAGUCAUCAACGAGAAACUGAAGAACAGUAACGGGAUCCACUCAGCGCCCAUAGACAGCACCUCUCCGGUCAUCUCCUCUCCACCCAGAAGACAACACUCCAUCUCCUACCCCCAUCAUGGCAAGACCAGGAAGGGCAGCAGGGCGAGCUCCAUCGGCUACACCGCCUUCUCGCCCAGGCCGUCGCUCUCUCGCCACUCCAGCAUCGCCACCAACCCGCCCUUGGAUCGAACCAAGGUCAAAGACUACCUCCUCCUGUCCGUGCUGGCCUGCUUCUGCCCCGUCUGGCCAAUCAACAUCGUGGGAUUUGUCUAUUCAAUCAUGUCCAAGAACAGUCUCGAGCAGGGAAACCUGGAUGGCGCAGUGCGUCUGGGACGUGUGGCCAAGAUGCUCUCCGUGGUGUCACUAGUAGGAGGGACGGUCAUUAUCAUCGCUUGCAUUGUCAACCUGGCCAGUGAGUGUCCCAAAUCUGACCUAUAA